CCUUUGAGACAUACAGUAGGUGGCGGUAAUUCUCCAAUGGAGUAAGCGUCCAGUAACCGGAUGGAAAAGAAGAAGAAAAAGAGCCAGUGAGAGUUGAACGUGAUGUUUUCGUCUUCAUAUUAAACAUGGCGGAGACUGAGCAGCCGUCAGGCUCCUCUCAUGAGGAUCACAAGUCUCUCAAUCCUGCCAGCUUUAAAUUCAUGGUACCGAAGAAGGAAAUCAGUAUGGUACCUGAUAUGGGCAAAUGGAAAAGAUCACAGGCAUAUGCAGACUACAUUGGAUUCAUUCUGACCUUGAAUGAGGCUGUGAAGAGAAAGAAACUUACAUGCGAAUACCAGGUGUCUGAGACAGUGGAGAAGUUACUCGCGUUGUUGGAAACAUUGGAUCGCUGGAUCGAUGAGACGCCACCAGUAGACCAGCCUUCUCGCUUCGGCAAUAAAGCUUUCCGUACUUGGUAUGCCAAACUAGACCAGGAGGCGGAGUCUCUGGUCACUGCUGUUCUCCCAUCAGAACAGCAUGAUGCGGCUCCAGAGAUAGCUGUGUACCUGAAAGAGUCUGUAGGGAACUCCACCAGGAUUGAUUAUGGCACAGGUCACGAAGCUGCAUUUGCUGCAUUCCUCUGCUGUCUUUGUAAGGUUGGAGCUCUGCGCCCAGACGACCAGUUGGCCAUCGUAUUUAAAGUGUUUGACAAGUAUCUACGAUUGAUGCGCAAACUGCAGAAAACGUAUAGGAUGGAGCCAGCAGGAAGCCAGGGUGUGUGGGGUCUUGACGACUUUCAGUUUAUUCCCUUCAUAUGGGGAAGCUCACAGCUUAUAGACCACCCCACCCUGGAGCCCAAGCACUUUGUGGAGGAGAAAGUUGUAAAUGAGAACCAUCAAGACUACAUGUUUUUUGAGUGCAUUAAAUUCAUCAAUGAGAUGAAGACAGGCCCUUUUGCUGAACACUCUAACCAACUUUGGAACAUCAGUGAUGUUCCUUCAUGGUCCAAAGUCAAUCAAGGUCUCAUACGAAUGUACAAAGCAGAAUGUCUAGAAAAAUUCCCAGUCAUCCAGCAUUUCAAGUUUGGCAGCCUGCUUUCCAUUCAGCCAGUCAAACCGUGAGAGACGAGAAGAAUCCACACCUUUUCAGAGUGCACAACUAAAACUACGACUUCGGAUGAAACCAUCUCCAAUCCCAUUUACAAGCCUGGAUUCGGAUCCUGUACCCCAGAGGUGCUCUGUUUUGCUCCUGUAGAUCCACUACCUAUAGAGUUCAGUUCCAUUCGUCACCCUACCUGAUUAUAUUGAAUCGAACUAAACUCUACAGGUUAGUAGGUUUUCGGGGUCGGGAAUGAACUCCCCUGCUCUACACAAUCUACUAGAUAUGCAUAUAAUGCAGACCACAUUGAUUGUGAUUUUGCUCAAUACCUAACAAUUAAUGCAAUUAGUCUGUAUAUUUUCAUUGAACUGCUCCUGAGACACAUGCAGUAUGAUGAUACAUUUUCAUCUGCAGUUUAUAUUUAUUUAUGUGUAUAUAACAACAAAGCUCGUCACAAUGAAUAAUUAAAGGCUUGGUUUUCCUGUGUGCAGGAUCUGCAACAAAUGAACAGAGAUGUGUGUGUGUGUCUCUAAAAGCACUUCUGUUGAAGUUAUUAGUGUGAGUUGUGCAGUUAUCAAAGAUUGCUGAGGCUUGUGUUAGCUGUAAAUGAUUUUGCUAAAAGUGUCAUUUUACACAUAUAAGACAAGUCAGCCGUUUUAUUCUUGCAUUAUUUCUUUCUUAUUCCACUGAAAAAAAAAAUACAUCUGCAAAAUAAUGGCUUCGCUUUUAAAUAUGUCACGGAAAGCUUAAGUCGUAUGAGUUUUUACAACAAUAUGUAGCUAAUGGCUAGUCUUCCAUUUGACAAGUUUAAGCGAAAUAUAUUUUUUCCAGCCUUAUUUUAUUUCUAAACUUUAUUCUGUGUAAAUAAAUGGUUUGAGUUUGCUUCAGAAACGUC